UUUCCGUAGGAAGCAAAAAUCAUCCGAAACUUUGAGAGAUAAAAGUCUGCACCCUGGUGAGCUGGGCACCACAGGUCGUUCUUGAUUGAUCCUUUUUCAUGGCAAAGCAAAGCACACUCGAUCCUCCAUCACAAAAAAUCCCCUCCCAUUCCCCACCCCACCCUAGCGCGAGGCCGUAGUACGAAUCCAGCGGCGGAGUACGUCCACACGAAAUCCAGAGAGAGGGGAUAAGGUUCCGGGGCCAGCCAAAGCCAUAUCGUGGUGCAGCCACUGGCGCGCCGCCACGUGGGGCGGCGGUGGUCACACCUGCGCUCCGUCCCGGCAUUAUCGCCAGGGCUUGGCGCCACAGCUAGUAUAUUGGCUAGCUUUUGGCUCGGCAGCUAACGACCUGCAGCCAACCAUCUACCAGCGACUCAGCGAGCGAGAGCAGCACACACUGCACGCAGCUAGCUAGGAGCAGCAGCAGCGGCGGCGAUGGCGGCCUCCAUGAUCUCCUCGUCAGCUCUGGCGGUGGCGCCUCAGGGCCUGCCGCCCCUCGGCCGCCGCGCCUCCUCCUUCGCCGUCGUCUGCUCCAAGAAGAAGAUCAAGACCGACAAGCCCUACGGGAUUGGGGGUGGCCUGACCGUCGACGUCGACGCCAACGGGAGAAAGGGCAAGGGCAAGGGCGUGUACCAGUUCGUCGACAAGUACGGCGCGAACGUCGACGGAUACAGCCCAAUCUACAACGAGGAUGACUGGUCUCCCACCGGCGACGUCUACGUCGGUGGAACCACUGGGCUUCUGAUCUGGGCCGUCACCCUCGCUGGGAUCCUCGGCGGCGGCGCCCUCCUCGUCUACAACACCAGCGCCCUCUCCGGCUAAGGAUAUCCAAUGCAUGCGCUUCUUGCGAUUCGUCAUGUAAAAUCAGGGUGUCUGUCUAUAAUCUAGCCUCCAUGGAUGCUCAACCUUCGUCAUGUAACAAUAAUCAGUGCUACUCUUCAUUACAUAAUUUUGAUGCUAUAUAUAUAUACCCCA